AUGCUCGCCGCCGCAAUAUCUCGUCUCUCUCGGUCGUCUUCGGCUACUGUUCGCAGCGGAACACUCCUUGCUUCGUGUAGGACACCCCGCACUACGGCACUGAGCAGAGCGUGUACGCGCCACUUCUCCGUCAGUCGAACAAGGUGGAAUACCUCUCAACCCACCGCGAAGACACCAGAGACUUCAGCUCCGUCAGCUCUCGCCACUUCUUCCGAAAUCAAACUUGACGUCCUCGAACCCCGACUUUCCCUCACCUUCACAUGCACCGCGGGCGAAUGCAACGAACGGUCCACCCACACGUUCACGAAACGGGCGUAUGAAAGAGGGAUCGUCCUCGUGGAGUGCCCUGGCUGCAAGAACCGACAUUUGAUUGCUGAUCAUAUUGGGUGGUUCAAAGAGAGCACGGAAGAAGGGAAGCUGAAGACUGUGGAAGAUCUGUUGCGCGCGAGGGGCGAGAAGGUCAGGCGGGGACGGUUAGAUGCAGGUGGUGUCGUUGAGUACGUCGAGUGA